GGUUUGAAUCGCCCGCCCUCUCUCCCUUGCCUGGCCCUCAUUGGUUGGUCCUAUCACGUGACCCGGAAGCGCUCUUCUUUCGCCCAAUCGGCUCCCUCGUACAGUUCGGCGGGUCCUGUCUGAAUGAAGUCGCCGUGUGAGGCACCCUGCAGACACUGAUGGCAGACCCUGGAAUGCAGACGCCCUCGUUGAGGCCUAGACAGAGUUUGAGCAAACAUGAACAGACUGCCCGCCGCUUUGAUGAGGCUCUGGUCUACUUCAAGCGCAUUACUUCCAGAGUCGCAUCAAGAGGAAACCCUUUUCUUCCGCAGCAUCUUGCAACAAUAGAAACCGUUGGAUUCUCUGAAGGGAUUCCUGCCGAAGGAAUUGACAUUCUUCUCAAGCUGGCUCUUAGUGGCAACCUUGUGGAAAAUGUGAACACACACAUACUGAAGAGCCUUGUCCCUGCUGCGGAAAUUCUUGAAAAUACUUUAAUCUCUGCUGUGUCUCUGUUUUGCACUGGAAAAGCUACAACAAACGUUCAGGUCCUGUUUCUUCGGUGGUUGAUCUCGGUGUCUGACCUCGUUUCGCUUAAAGAAGUCCUCUCCCCUCUCUACAACUUUUUUUUCUGUUUGAUCCAAGAUGACACAUUGAGCCCAUCAUUAUGUCACCUGCUUUACCUCCUAACUGGCAAAGAGCAUGUUCGUGCCUAUAGAGUCCGUGUUCUACUGGAUUUGCAGAGUAGGAAGGGAAUGCAGCCUCACAUCCUCGGUCUUCUCUCCCUUUACAAAGUUUACUGCCCUGAACUGGUCUCUGUUAGUUUGCCAAGUAGAUUUAAGAGAUUUUUUCAGAAAUCUACAUUCCUAUUUGCCCGUGAGUGGAAAACCGUUGUGAAGAGAAGAGUGGGAGAUCCGGAGGGUGACCGCAAACUGACUCAAUCUCGUAAAAGAAAGUGGAAUAGCGGCCUUGAUGCGCCCAUGUGCGGUAGCAGUGUUCAGAAUUAUUCUACUAAAGAUGUUGAAGCUUUUUCAUCUUUACCUUUGGAAGAAGUUAAGACAUUUGCUGAGCUGUUGGAAACUGUCCUGGAUCAAAAACUCCCUGCUCAGAUGGGGUGUGUGCUAAAUCGGCCACUGCUGUUGAAUUACAUCAACUGCCUUAAAGAGGAUGAUGCAUUGCUGCGACUCAACUACUGGCUGUCAUUUACUUUGCAUGAAGAAUGUGCCUGGUACACUGGUAAAAAACAGUCUAAAGAAGAUGUAGCUUCCUUUCUGGAUACUGUUGUGGCCGCUCAAGACUUUCUACAGGAAGGACUUUCAGGAACUGAAGAAUUUCUUUUCAAGUGCCUUCCACAUUGGAAUGGCGGUCACCGCUCCCAGAUAUUGGGUCUAAUUAGCCAGAUUCCUCUUCACGCCUUUUCAGAAAUUGAAAGUCUUUUUUAUGAAACAUUGAGUCAGAUGUUUAUUCCAUCAUCUUUGUGGUUUAAAAUCGAUGUGCUUAAGAGUCUGAAGGAUCUGCUGGAGAACUGGGUGAUCAAGCAUUCGGUCUGCAUAGAAAAUGUUGAAAAUAAAAAUGACACCAUGUCUGGCAUGAUGACUUCAGUUGAAAAUAUGAUUCAGUUUACCGGCCGGUUAUGUACUGUGGGCUUGCAGAUGCAUAACAGUUCUCUCCUCCUUCAGUCUGUCCUGGAAUUCUAUACAUUGGUUUCUGAUUUAUAUGUAUGUUUUUCUCUACCUCUAAUCGUCCUUCCUCCUGCUGGAGUGUUUUAUCCGGCUCUUCUUUGCAAAGACUGUGUGAACCUUAACCAGAUCUGUUACAUUAUGCAAAGGUAUAGAGACAAUCUCUUGACAGCAAGAAAAGAUGAAAGGGAGAACACUGCCCGUGUCCUGUUAAACAUCAAUAGCCAGACGUUUAAACUAUAUAACCAAUACCUUACUGCAAUGGUGGGAUGCCUUUGGACAUCACAAGCCUUUACCCAGGACCCCCAUCCACAGGGAAUCAAAAUGAGCCCAGAAGUCCUUGAAAUGGCGGGUGUGGCAUCCUAUAAAAGGGCGUUCAACAUUGUAUUCCACCCGGCAUUGAUGGCUUUCUCCUUCUCAUUUUUGCACCAGAAACUUUCCAAAGAAGAAAUGUUUCACCUCCGCCAUCUUAAGGGGCAGCGGUGGGAUGACUACACACAAUUUCUCUCCAAUGAAGGUUUGACUGACUUAACCCGCUUUUUAGAGACAAGUGUAAAUCGUGUGGGCUCCAAAAAGAAAGACACCAGCAUCGAGUCUCAGUCCUAACAAGUGUUCUUUGGUUAGUCCUACACUCAAUGGAAAUAAACAGCAGAUUCAUGUAAUUAAAAAGCUGAACUCCAGGCUGAAAAUGUACACAGCUUUGUAUUCAUUAACCACUCGAUCCUCCGGAAGA